AUGGCGCCCCAUGCAGAGAUAAACCCUCAGGACAUCACCGAAAGGGCUCGUCGAGACCUGCUCCAACUGCUCGAAGGCGUUCCUGGCAAGAAGAAUCUUGUGAUUGAAAAGUCUCUUGCCGGUCCAAUUGGCUUGCUCGUCAAGUUCAGCACCUUGCAGGAGUAUGGCGUCGACAAGGUCUUCUACGUAGAGAACCGCAAUGUCGACGAUUCUCAACGCAACAUCGUCUUCCUCGCUAGAGGCGAGAAGCCAAAGGAUGUUCAACUCAUAGCUGAACAGAUUAGUCAAAUCCGUCAAGAAAGCAAAGUCGAUCAUGAUUUCUCCGUCUUCUGGGUGCCCAGGCGUACCCUUGUCAGUGAUAGAAUCCUCGAAGAAAAUGGUGUACUGGGAGAGGUGACCAUUGGCGAGUGUCCUCUAUUCUUGAUCCCUCUGGAGCCCGACUUAUUAUCUCUGGAGCUCGAAGAUGCUUUCUGUGACUUGUAUCUGCGCAAAGAUCCUACCUCAAUCUUCCUAACUGCCACAGCACUGAUGCGCUUGCAACGAUCCACCGGUCUCUUCCCUCGUAUUCUAGGCAAAGGUGACAAUGCAAAGAAACUUGCAGAUCUGCUGAUUCGUAUGCGUUCCGAAGAGGAAGUCAGCGCAUCUUCUGCCACCUCCAAAUCACCCUCGACCUUUGGCCUCACCCCCAGCGCAGUUGUAGAAAAUGUCAUCAUCAUCGACCGCGAAAUCGACUUCUUCACCCCUCUCAUGACCCAACUAACAUACGAGGGUCUGAUUGACGAAGUCUUUGGCGUCCGUAACAAUUCAACCGAAGUAGACACCUCCAUCGUCGGCGCAGCUCCCCAGCAACAGAAACCCCAAGGAGCAGCAGCCGCAGCAGGCAACUCCACCCAAGCCGCCACAAAGCGCAAGAUUGUACUUGACAGCUCCGACAAACUGUACCCUCAACUGCGCGACUGCAAUUUCGCCGUCGUAGGCCCUUUGCUAAACAGAACCGCUCGCCGUCUCCAAGCCGACUACGAGUCCCGCCACAAAACCGAUCAAUCAAUUUCUGACCUCAAGACUUUUGUCGCAAAACUGCCUUCCUACCAAGCCGAGCAAGCAUCCCUCAAAAUCCACACAUCCAUGGCCGAAGAAAUCAUGAAGACCACCCGCAGCGAAAUCUUCGGCCGCGUCUUGGAGGUGCAACAGAACUUUGCAGCUGGCGCCGAUCCAAACAGCAUGAAUGACAAUUUGGAAGAACUGAUUGCUAGAGACGUUCCUUUAUCUACCAUUCUUCGCUUGCUAUCUCUGGAAUCAUGUGUAGGCGGCGGCAUCCGCCCCCGCGAACUCGAAAACCUAAAGAGACAAGUCAUGUAUGCGUAUGGACAUCAACACCUGAUCACCUUUGCCGCACUCGAGAAAAUGGGCUUGGUGACCACCAGACAGAGCAAUACCGGAUAUCUGAACCCCAUGGGCGGAGUCAAUUCUGGAAACACUGAUUACAAUGCUGUGCGCAAGACGCUGAAGCUAUUCGUUGACGAGGUGGAUGAGCAGGAACCCACGGAUGUUUCGUAUGUGUUUUCGGGCUAUGCGCCACUGAGCGUGAGGUUGGUGCAGUGUGUGCUGCAGAAACAACUUUUGGCAAGACUUUCCAACCCGAGAUCGUCGAGUACGCCCAAUGCCAAUGCGUCUGUUGCAAGCGCCACAUCAAAUACACAAGCAGCAGGAUGGAAGGGCUUUGAGGAUGUAUUGCAGAGGAUCAAAGGCGCUACUGUUGACGAAGUGCAAAAGGGAAGCAGUGCUGAAGCUUCGGCUGCGAGACAAACACUCAGAGGUGGCAGUGGAGGCGGCACCAAGACUACGAUUGUGGUGUUCUUGGGUGGCGUCACUUUUGCUGAGGUUGCGGCGCUGAGGUUCAUGGGCGAGCAGUUGGGGGAGAAGAAGAAGAUUGUUAUUGUGACUACGGGGAUGUUGUCUGGUGAUGCUGCUGUUGAGGCGGCUAUGGAGAAGAGGGCUUGGGGUCGCAAGUAG